AUUUUCAUCCGCAAAACAAAUCGAGACGCCAUGAUUUGUCGAAAGGCUAUAAGUGAUAAAUAAUUAUCAUUUAAUGGCAAUAUAAAACAACAGGUCACGUUCACAUCGACAGUAGCAUUGUCUAUGAACUUAUGAUGACUUGGUUGGUUGAAAUUCUUACUAUAGCAGCCAUUGUUUCUGUUACCCUGGGGUGUACUCCACUUCCCAGAGUUGACCAGAGUGAUUUUUGCUAUGCGAAAUAUGCGUUUGAAGCAGAAGUCACAGACGUCAAACAAGCUGACAAGGAUUCGGCUUAUGAAUACACCAUCAACAUAAAAACAGAAUACAAGAAGGACAAAGCAGCAGGUAUUUAUCACACGGUGUUUGGAGAUGGACCAAUGCAUUCCUGUGGACCACAGAUUCUAAAUAAUGGAACCUCGUACAUGAUUUACGCCGGGGAUAAUUACAAUGAAAUUGAAGGAGGUCUGCGUAUCGAUGGAUAUAAACCUAUGGACAAUGUAAACGAUGUUGAUAUUGAGAGAAUGACGACCAAAUACGACUGCAACUGCACAAUAAAGUUCGAUUAUGAUGCGUAUUUUGGAUAUGAUGCAUCCGGCCUGCCACCACCCACUAAUAACGAAUGCAAUGCUCCUGUUUACGCCUGCUCCAGAAGUAGCUAUUGUAAAAGAAAUGCAGAGGGCGUGUGUACGUGGGGCAAUCAUGGAGAAUGUUAUUAAAUGUUGUUGUUAACAGAACCUAUCUAGAAAUAAAACGCUUUUGCUGCU